AUGGAUUUCUUCUACCAUUCACAAAACACGAAGCCAAAACUGGUUUUAGUUGAUGAUUCAACAUCGCAAGUGCACGAAUCGAAUCGAAGCAAUAAAAUCACCAACUUGAUCUAUUCGCCUUUGACCGAUCAAGCCCACGAUGAGACGUCGCAGGGAUUAAGACGCACCUACUUCCAUGGCUUUGCCCAGGAAUCGCGGGGUCCAAUCAGCGUAGAAUCCAAGACUCCUAACAGCCGGUGA